AUGAAGCGAUCGUUCGGUCUAGACACGUUGCCUACCUCUAGUCCGGAUGUAACAAAUCAUUCCAUACCAAUUAGAACGCGAGUCGUCAGCUAUGCAAAUGUGGAGUACGGCCCACCAGGUUCUUCGAGUUUUGUCGACUACAUACCUUCGAUGACCAAUAAUAAUAUCAUAGAUAAGGGCUCCAUAAAAGUGGGAAAAAGCUCGCAAUCUGAUAAAGAUGAGAUGAUGCAUAUGGAUGCGGAACCUUCUAGCUUUGAGAUGGACGAGAUAACGCUUGUAGAGAUGGAACCAGUUACUCCAACUCCGCCUCCUUCAUGCACAAACGAUGAUGAGCCAAUGUCACCUGGUGUAGAUGAAUCGUCAUCGAUUCGAUCUGCAAGUCCCGAGUUUUCUUUGGAUCAACUCAUGGAUGUUGAUGCUGCAUCCCCACCGAGGUUAAUAUUUGAUGAAAACCAGACGAGUUUAGAAGAAUUGCCGGUGGAUUUUGACGAGUUAUCUUCGCAAGAAUUACAAACCAAAAUUCACGCUUUGCAUAAGUUCUCAAAGUACUUUCCAAUCUUGAACGGUGUGAAGAGGUUGAAGUUACUUGAACAUCUCCGGAAUCUUCUCCACGACGAUAGAGAAAAAGAUGUUAAGAGCCUGGCCAUAAUACUCAUGGAAAAGUUGGCGAACGAGCCUCCAAUAGAUUGUGCCAAAAUAUUUGAAAUACUUGACGAUUUUAUGAAUCACAUAAAUUCCAAUUCAACAGAAAUUAAGUGUUGUAUCUACAAUUCUAUUCGAAAGAUUCUGAAGAUAGAAUCUGUACAUUCUUCACCAUUGAUACUGCAGACAAUUAAGUCGUUGUGUGUAUAUGCUUAUGUAGACCUAACCGAUUCACAUUAUAGUAUUAGGUCUGCAUGCAUCGGUUUACUGUCAUCGUUGGUGCCCAUCAUUAAUCAAAUAGAAAGGAACAAUGAUCAAAAUUUUGGUGAGGUGUUGGAUGAAUUGAAGGGAUUACAAAUUCGAGAUGUGAUUCGUAGAUUCGGUAGUGAUCCGGAUCCGAGAGUGCGGAGUGCUUCGCUAAAGGCGCUCCUUCAGCUCCAUCUACGUGGCUGCAAGCUUGACAGAUCGUUGUACAACAUGUGUGUGACAUGCUUGUCAGAUGAUUACGAAGAAGUUCGAAUUGAAGCAUUGAGCCUAAUAUGGGUUUUGAGCACCAUUUAUCCCGAACACAUGACGACUUAUGUAUUAGACGAUGGCAAAACACAGCAGAUUCGACUUCUCGAUGAUGCAUUCAUCAAGAUUUGUGACAUGGUUUACGAUGGCUCCGUGAAGGUUCGAAAAAUGCUCAAGUUGGCUCUUGUUUCCAAACAGGCUUGCACCAUCAUGGGAAGUUAUCGUCAAGUUGGAGAAACAAUUCUGUUAGAAACGUUGAGUCAGGAGGUCAUAAGUCAAGGAAAAUCUAGAAAAUCAAAUCAAGGUUACGGAAAGAAUAAAAAAUCCAGAUUCAUACCAACUCCCGAGGGUGAUUUGGAUGUUGAGUCGGAAGAAUUUCGUCUUUUGAAAUCUAAUGUUUGUGGAGCAUUCAUUCAUGGUUUGGAAGAUGCGUAUCAGGACGUUCGUAAUGCUGCCAUCGAUUCUAUUUGCCAAUUAUGCAUGUACAAUCAAAAAUUUUCCAAAAAAUCUGUCGAAUUUCUUGUAGAUAUGUUCCAAGAUGAAAUUGAUUCCGUUCGACUAAAUUCAAUUAACAGUCUCCACAAGAUCGGGGUUAAAUAUCCGAUCGAGCUCGAUUCCGAGUUGUUGCAGAUUACCGUUGGAGUAUUAAACGAUACUGAUCCCAUGGUUCGAAAGUCGACUCAUGGAAUGUUAGGGGUAGCAAAGUUAAAAUCGCAAGAAUUGAUACCCCAAUUUGUGGACUUUCUAAUAUCCAGUAUGAACAAGUAUCCUGAAGAUCAGUUGUCAAUAUAUCGAUGCUUCAAAAACGUAGGGCUAGCGCACGGGGAUUAUAUAGAAUACUAUGUGCCAAUGUUUUUUAAAAUGGAAUCGACCUAUAUUUCCAGAGAAAUCAAGCAAAAUGAUCCUCAACACAUAGGAAAUUUGAUUCUCGCAUUUAAUGCGUCAACAACAAACCCCAAAAUACUCUCUAUGCUGCCUGACUAUGCAGGUCGUCAUUAUGAAUAUCUCCGUAUUAAAUUUCCCGAUUGCUUUCCGGAUGUAAACAUUUCAGGUGAUUCACCCACGCAAGCCGUUCAGAUCGAUCAAUCUGAUACUGAUGACUAUAUGCUGUCAUUCAUGGGUAUUACCUUAAAGGAAAUCCGAUCCUUAGGUCAUAUGCUAAAAUAUCGAAAUUUCAAGUCUGCAAAUCGUGUGAUAACGUCUUGUAAAAGCAAUAUGGAGUAUAUUUCGCAUGUGCCGUCCUUGGCCGGUAAUGCUAAAUUCUGCAUAAACUACUUGGAAUGCUUAAGGCUAUUGAUCAAGGCUAAUCAACAUUACAUGGAGGCAAAUUCUUCGUAUACCGAACCGCACAUAGCGUCGCAGUUGAUGGCGCUGUCUUAUACCAUGGAGUAUGGUUAUUUAGGACUUAAUGCUUCGGUUCCGGAUUUCCUGUCCCAAAUACGAAUAAUUGCGCACCUGAUUUGGUUAUACAAUUGCAUGACGGAAAAGUCUGAUAGCAACGGAAUGUCCGAGAAGCAGCAAACGUUAAUUCGAGGUUUCAACAAACGCAUAAAAGAUCUGGAAAGAAAAUUCGAGAGUCACACAUUAUUAAAAGAGAUGAAUAAAGUUCGAGCUAAACUUGAAAAGUUUCAGGCGGAUCCAAGCUUCAAGAAUGCUACACGGCUGUUUGAUUACAUAUCGGAAUUCAAUCUUUUUGACAUUGGAAUUAUUAAAAACAUAAAAGUCUCUGAAGCCAUCAUAACUCAACCAACCUCCAAUCCAACAAUGCCGAUUGACUUUCAAUCGCAAUUUCCCCUUUCAAUCAACAUCGAGGCUGAAAUUCAUGAAGUAAACGAUCCAAGCUCAUUAGCAAUCCAGGUAAUAUUUCCGGAUCAGUCUACACAGCACUUCAACUCGUCCUCCGGUUUGGUGUCAACUCGGCACAAUCAUUAUAAAUUAAAAACCCAAAUCGAUGUUUCGCAAACCGCUUGGACGGGUAAACUUCAAAAUUUUUCUUUACGCUCUCGUGCAAACCUCAGGAUAGUCCGGGAAUACCAACCCGACAUACCUGAUGUGGAUACUUACAUAAUGCGUUUAACGGCUGGAGGUAUAAUUACCGGUGCUAUUUCUGAGUGCACAUUGAGUCUAUCCGAACCAGUGAAAUUCUUCAUAUGGCCAAGGGAUUCGUCAUCGUAUCGGAUGCGAAAUCGUUCACGUCACCAAAUGAUUCAAGCUGCCACGGUCAAGAUUGAUGAUCCUCAUUGCAUGAGCCGUUCAAGAUUAGUAGACAAAAUGAUUUAG